AUGCCCGCCGAGCGUAUACACUCUGCGGCACGGCGCGACACACGCUUUGCUCUCAGGGAAAUCUUCCGCGAGGUAUCCGGUCACCAGCUCAACGCAAACGGGGAAUUCAGCGCCGCCACCCUUGAAGGGAACUUGCACCUGGACCCUGCUACAACAGACCUCUACCACUGGCUCAGGGCGAUUUUCAGCCGGCUCAUGGACGUGCGAGGCGUUUCCGGAGAUUCCCUCACCCGGCUGCGUGAGACGGUCAUGGCAGCGGCGCGUGGUGUCAAGGAGGCUUGCGAACGGGGGACAUCGAGGGACGCGAUCGCGCGGUGGGUCCUGCAACACUACUCCCUGCGGUCUCUCCGUUAUGCAUCUGACAUCGACUUUGGCUCUCAAGCUCCGACCAACGACCAACAAGGGUCCUUGGCUCCUGGCGUGGUCCAAGCCCCGCAGCAAUCAGCGCUCCGGCACGGCGUCUUCCUCCCACCACCUCCGGUUCUCAACACUCGCACGCAAGGCCUCCCUCCGAUGCUCCCCGGCAUUGCCUCGCCUGUUGCACCUUCAGCAGGCCAAGGUAUUCCUCGCAUCCAGACCUACGAAGAAUGGUUGGCCAGCCAGCAACAGUCGGGCCAGCACAGUCUUGCGAAGGAGGACCAGCGUCUCGGCUCCUCCAUGACGGCUCGGAAGGCGGCAAUCUAUGGUACGACGCCUGAGGAAUGGAUGGCGCGGUCGAUGCAUCGCUUCUAA